UUCUAAAACCACCUUUUCUUAAUGUUCUCUCACGUCUUUUAUUUUUCUUUUUUUUUUCUCCUCUCACGUCUCAUUUUAAUCUUUUUUUUUUCUUUUUCAAACGUCUCAUUUUUAUUUAAUCUACAUAGGAAGUAAGUUACUUUGUCAAGUUAACCGUCCAACUGUCCGAAAAGCUAUUUUCCACUUUAUCAGGGUUCUCAUGAAGUGAUCAAUCAUUGAAGAAAAAAGAAACAGAAAAGAUUAAUAAAAACAAUAACAAAUUAAGAAUCCAUUGAUCAAGGUAAAAGACCUUUAAUAGAGUACCUAAACAUGCUUGACUCUUCAUUCAUACUGUUCUUUUGCCAUGAGAAAAACACAUAAUUGUGUCAACCUUUUAAGUUUAUAGAGUGAGAGAGAUUUUAGGAUUUUGCUAUUCAUAUUCUUGGACUUGUUUUUGUUCAUGGUUCCAACUUGUAGGAUGUCAGGAAAAAACUAGUCCCAUUUUCUUGUUUUCUUCCUGCAUUUUAUUCCUGGAUUCCUUUUUUUUUAUUUUUUUUAUUUUUAUUCAACAGAUGUAGCUUCAAUCUUACUUCUCUAUAUAUUUUACUAUUAAUAGGAUCUGAACCCUAACAGUGUUAUAUUUUAUUCCCAGAGGGGUUCUUUGGUUGGUCGAUCUAGCAGCAUCUUUGUGUGGGUCAGCUUAGUUUCUGCUGUAGUGUCAUUUUAGCAAGAAUCCAUAUUGUGCUUAAGGAUUUUGAUUAUCUGGGGUUCUUUUAACCCCAGAGAUUUGGCCUUUUUCUUGAGAAAGAUUGGUUUUUGAUUAUCUGGGGGUCUUUUAACCUCAAAGAGUUGGCCUUUUUCUUGAGAAAGAUUGGAUUUUUAUCUCAAGUUUGUGAAUUUCUUGAGAAAUAAGGCCAUUCUUUUAUGUAUUCUUCAAGGGCUUGAGCAAUGUUUAUUUCUAAUGAAGAAGAACAUAUCUCAUUGCCUCUGGAAAAUGGGAAAGCAUUGGAGAAUUCUUCUCCAAUAGGAUCAAAUCCAGAUUCCAAUGAUGAUGAGCCUUCUUCCCAAGAGAUUCCUUCAACUUUCACAGAUGUCAAUGUGGUUCAAGAAGAUGAUGAAAAGUUUCAGCUUGAGCAGAGGAUUUUGAAUUUAGAAGGUGAAAUUGCAAGUUUGAGGCAUACAGAAAGAUCUUUGGUUGAAAAAAGAAGAGAAGCAUUGAAUAAGAUACUAGAUAUUAAAGGUUGCAUUCGGGUGUUUUCCCGAGUUAGACCAUUUUCACCAACAGAUAAACGGAGAACUCAUCAACCGAUUUCAGUUGAAUCGGAGAAGAUUGUGGUAAGAUCUGGUGGAAGCAGGAAAGAAUUUGAAUUUGACAAGGUUUUCCCUCAGGAAUCAAUCCAAGAAAAUGUUUUUGCUGAGGUUGAGCCAAUUAUCAGAUCUGCACUUGAUGGGCACAAUGUAUGUAUAUUAGCUUAUGGACAAACUGGAACUGGCAAGACAUAUACUAUGGAGGGAAGCACUGAGUCUCCAGGGAUCAUUCCUCGUGUUCUUCAGGAGCUUUUUCACCUUUCCUCUUUAGAUAGCUCGAUUUCAUUUACAUUUUCUAUUAGCAUGCUCGAAGUCUAUUUGGGCAGUAUAAGGGAUUUGCUUGCUCCAAGACCUUCCAGUCGGAAAUACACCGCAUCAAGAUGCAAUCUAAAUAUUCAAACAGAUUCAAAAGGAACAGUUGAAAUCGACGGUCUAACCGAGGUGGAAAUCUCUAAUGUUACUAAAGCAAAAUGUUGGUAUCAUAAGGGGAGGCGAGUUAGAUCCACAUCAUGGACGAAUGUAAACGAAACAUCCAGCAGAUCGCAUUGCUUGACGAGGAUCAGUAUAUAUCGCUAUGGGGAUGCUUUAGGAAGUAAAGCAGAAGCAAGCAAACUGUGGAUGGUUGACCUUGGAGGGAGUGAGCGCCUGCUUAAAACUGGAGCUACUGGACAAACCCUUGACGAGGGGAGGGCGAUAAAUCUCUCUCUUUCUGCACUAGGUGAUGUUAUUGCAGCUCUUAGAAGAAAGAGAGGUCAUGUUCCUUAUAGAAAUAGCAAAUUGACGCAAGUUCUCAAGGAUUCUUUAGGUGAUAGAUCAAAAGUUUUGAUGGUAGUCCAUGUCAGCCCAUACGAAGAAGAUGUUGGAGAAACAACAUGCUCCUGUACCUUUGCAAAGAGAGCAAGAGCAGCAGAAUGCAACAGAGAAGUCUCACAAGAAUCAAAGAAGCUAAGAGAAAAGAGGAUAUCUGAGCUUGAGGAGCAAAUGAAGGAAGCUGAAGAAGGAUAUACAGAACUUAGGACUCAAAUACAGAAGGCUGAAUUUUUAUUGAGUGAGAACAAAAGGCUUUUCAUGAAGAAAUAUCAGCCACUUGAAGAUGAAGAAACCUUUCCUAUAACUCCCAAGGAAAACGUCGCUGAAAUCACAGUAACUCCAAGAAUUUCCGAGAAGGGACUAAAAACAAAUGUCACUAGCUCAGUGCCUCGAUUCAUGAGUUCCACGGUGGCCAGUCGAAUAAGGGAGACUACUGCAGAAAAGGAAGUACAUAUCAGACCACAAAGUUUGAGAUCAUGGGCUAGGAGCUCUAUGCACAUUUCUGGUUCACAAUCAAACAGCUUUGAUCGUCGUUUGAAAGCGCAGCUACGAAGUACUUCAAAUAAAAGAUCACGAUAUAGUGAGACUCAUACCAUAGCAGGGGAUAUUAAGUGUGGUGAUGAUUCAAAUAUUAAGCCAUCUGUCUUACUGCAAAGCAAAGUCAUCGCUCCCUCGGAUCCAAAGCCUAAAAGACUACUAGCUCACCACAGAAGAAGGAUGUCUGAUCUGCUCUAACUAUUACAAAGAGUUGAUCAAAGGUGCUUUAGUUUUUUUUCCCUUUUGGUGUUUUGACUUUUAUUUGGUUUGUUGCUGCUGCUACUGCCAUUGUUUUUAUUUUUCUUUCUGGUCUGGAAUAGCUUCAAGACUACGAGAGAAUUCGGGGUUUAUGUGUUAUAGGUGUGAUGAUGAUAUUUCUUGGGGUAGGAUUAAUUUUGUACUUUGCAAAAAGAAUUGGCUUCUUUGCGCUGGUGUAUUUACUGUUUACAUCAAAUGUAGUCUUAUUGAGACAGUGUGA